UAUAGACUGCUCGUGAGUGGACAUUGUAGGGGUGGGAGAGUGGUUAUUACUUUUACUGGUUAAAAUCCUUCGUGUACUGCUUCUGUGAGUGCAGCAAUUUCGGCAGUGCUAGUUACAACGAGUUUUUACUAGAACACUAAAGGAUGAAACGUGUGGAAGAAAGACUAGCUGAAUACCGAAAGAAAGAAAGUGCUCUGGUAACAGUAAGAUUCCAAAUCGUGGCACGAUUUAUGAAAGGCAGAUCAGGAGUAGUGGGAACGUAGCCAUGCAGUCCAUUACCAGCAACAAAUUUAUAAAAAUUCUCCUAAAACCGAUCCAGCUGUGGUCAUACUUCUACUAUCAAUGGCCACGUUUAUGCAUAGUUGUUGCAACAUUGUCAUGGCUUAUAGCUCAGUGGUAUUUCACUUACAUUGAAUUUGGUCUUGUAUUUUUUGUUUCUUCAUUGUUUGUCUUUUUGUUUAUCAACUUAGGAAAACGAAAGUCAAAUGAGUUGAGCGCUUAUUCUGUAUUUAAUCCUCAGUGCGAACGAUUGCCUGGCACAUUGACAGCUGCACAUUUUGAAACAGAUUUAUUGAAGAGAAAAGUGUUGCAUUAAUAGAUUCUCUUAGAAGAAGAAGUAUUCCUGAAACCUUAGAUUUUGGACCAUGGAGAUGUUUAAGAGUGUAAGCGGUACUGACUGGAAUGCGCAUCCACAAUAAAUUUUUUUUAGUACACCAACCUAUAAUUUUCUUUUAUCAUUUUCAUUUUUUCCGAUACUUAACGAAGUUGUACAGA